GUACCCGGAAGUGGAGUUGUGUGACGUCAACAGAUAGAGCUGUCGACAUGGAACUUCCAGUCUUUUUUAUAACAAAACGUUGCUUUUGGGUUUAAAUGCGCUCAUUUGAGAAUGAUAGGCGUUAACUAUAAGGUUUUGCUGCUGUCCUUUUUGCUGUUAUUAGUAAACCCGUUGCAAUUAAACUCGUUGGAUGUGCGUGAGAGAGAUGCGGACGGAGCAGCUGUGAACCAUAAGGAUACUGAAAACCAGCAACUAUCAACAAACCAUGGAAAAGAAGAUUCACACGAUCCAAUCGACCCACAGAAAGAUGGACAGUCUGUCAGGUCCAAUGACACCGAUAACUACAGCAACGAGACGCUCCACUCUACAACACCUGCUGUCAAGCCGACGACCCCGGCGCCCCCAACCGCCAAGCCCAUCCUGCCCGUGCAGACAGGCGUCAAGGCCCAGGAAGAAGAGCAGUCUAGCGGACUGACCAUAUUCUUCAGCCUGCUGGUUAUCGGUAUCUGCAUCAUAUUGGUGCACCUGCUCAUCAAGUUCAAACUGCAUUUUCUUCCAGAGAGUGUGGCCGUCGUGUCUCUUGGGAUUCUAAUGGGAGGCUUCAUUAAGAUCAUCGAGUUCCAGGAACUGGCCAACUGGAAGGAGGAGGAAAUGUUCCGACCCAACAUGUUCUUCCUUUUGCUGCUGCCGCCCAUCAUCUUCGAAUCUGGAUACUCUUUACACAAGGGUAACUUCUUCCAGAACAUGGGCUCCAUUUGUCUCUUUGCUGUGAUCGGCACAGCUAUCUCUGCUUUCAUAGUCGGAGGAGGCAUCUAUUUCCUUGGCCAGGCUGAUGUGAUCUAUAAGAUGAGUAUGACUGAUAGCUUUGCCUUUGGCUCACUGAUCUCAGCUGUGGACCCUGUAGCUACCAUCGCCAUCUUUAACGCCCUCAACGUGGACCCGGUCCUCCAGAUGCUGGUGUUCGGUGAGAGCAUCCUCAACGACGCCGUCUCCAUUGUCCUCACGAACACGGCGGAGGGGUUCUUUUCCCGCUCAGACAACUCCAUGGUUACAGGCUGGGAGACUUUUUUGCAAGCGUUGGGUUAUUUCCUUAAAAUGUUUUUUGGUUCUGCUGCCCUGGGAACCCUCACUGGACUCAUCUCGGCUCUUUUUUUAAAACACUUUGAUCUGAGGAAGACUCCUUCACUGGAGUUUGGUAUGAUGAUAAUCUUCGCGUACCUUCCAUACGGUCUGGCAGAAGGCAUCAAGCUGUCUGGAAUAAUGUCCAUCCUGUUUGCGGGAAUCGCAAUGUCUCACUACACCCAUCACAACUUGUCUCCUGUCACCCAGAUCCUCAUGCAGCAGACACUGCGCACAAUGGCCUUCAUGUGUGAGACAUGUGUGUUUGCCUUCCUUGGUCUCUCCAUCUUCAGCUUCCCUCAUAACUUUGAAAUAUCUUUCGUCAUCUGGUGCAUAGUCCUGGUUCUUCUCGGCCGAGCAGUGAACAUCUUCCCUCUGUCGUUCCUGCUGAACUUUUUCAGAGACCACAAGAUCACACCCAAAAUGAUGUUCAUCAUGUGGUUUAGUGGUUUGCGAGGUGCUAUCCCCUACGCGCUGAGCCUCCAUCUGAACCUGGAGCCCAUUGAGAAACGGCAACUCAUUGGCACCACCACCAUCAUCAUCGUCCUCUUCACCAUCCUCCUCAUGGGGGGCGGGACCAUGCCACUCAUCCGCAUCAUGGACAUUGAGGAAAGCCAGUCGCGGCGUAAGAGCAAGAAAGACAUCACUCUCAGCAAGACAGAGAAAAUGGGUAAUACCAUUGAGUCAGAGCACCUAUCGGAGCUGACAGAGGAGGAGUACGAGGCUCAUAUCUACCAGAGACAAGAUCUGAAGGGCUUUAUGUGGCUUGAUGCUAAAUACCUCAACCCCUUCUUCACUCGCAGGCUCACCCAGGAGGACUUGUUACAUGGCCGGAUCCAGAUGAAGACCCUGACCAACAAGUGGUAUGAAGAAGUUCGCCAGGGACCCUCGGGCUCUGAGAAUGACGAGGAUGAAGCAGAACUUCUGUGAGCUGAACAGACACUUUCAGUUCAUAAGAAAAACAAUGAAUGGACAUUGUGUGUCCUGGGCGGAGGGUGUCUGUCUGUCUGUCUGUCUCUGUGUGUAGACAAGCCCUCUUUUCAGUGUCAGUCACGUGCACUUCUUGUUUGUUCACCUGCCACUAAUUUUUAUGUGACAAGAGAAGUCUGUCGGCCCCUUCGGUGCGUUUUUUAGUGCACAAAGUGAGCGUGAAUGUGUCAAAUCACAAUGGAGUUCCUGUUAAACUGGAUUUGAAAACUGUAACACUGAAUGAAGCUAAACAAAAAUCUGUGAAAAUAAUAUUUCCCAUAUAAAUGCCAUAUUGUUCCUGGCUAACAAAACACAGGAAGUUUCGUUGAUCCUGAGAAUCUUUUCCCAGGUGUUUCUUUCAUAAAGGUUUAGGUCUAAAGGGAGGAUGAGAGAGAAGCCCAGAGGGACAGUUUCUAAGUAAAGCAAUACUAGAGCACGUUUUCACUUUUGUUCUCUUCACUUUUGUAUUGUUCUUCUUUAUGUGGCACUAGCUUAUUUAAGGUCUGGUCAGGGGAAGGAUGCAACAUAACAUCGCUACAGGUUACAUUUUUAAAGUGGGAUUUGUAAUAAGCCACAGGUUGCUGCUUUGACUAGCUUCCUGUUGAACUAGAUUUAAUUCUCUCCGGGUCUCCACAUUUGUAUGCAUUAAUGAUUCUGAGCUAACACAUAUAUUCAUACAUAUGUAAUGAAGAUAAAAUAUCAGAAGUGACGCACAAGCUACCACGACACCCUCCAGCAAAGAAGCAAACAAAGAGAAAUGCAGGAGAGAGUUAAAGCUAAUGAAACGUCUCGGGUAGAACUAAUAAUUUUCAAAAACAUAACACCUAGCUUACAGGAGAAUAAUUAUGCUCCAGAAAAUUGGAAAUUGCUCUCAUUUCCACUCGCGGCUCCAGUUCGGUUUCCCUAGAUUAACUUCCCUGUGUUUAUUUUCAGUCUCUGGUGAGGGUCAUGCCACUCGAUUGUGUGUAAAGUAGAACUUGAAAUUGUUGCUUUUGUGAUUUUUCACUUUGGAUUCCUAAUGAAGAUAGGCGCACCAAUGAAUGUGUGGGGAAAAAUGUCCUGUGAAUGUUGAUCUAUUUUUGUCUAUUUAUUUAUCAAAAUGUUUGUGUUGUUUGUGGGAUAAAAGCUUUUAUACAAGCUCUAUGAGCACUGCAGAACCAUAGAUUAAAAAAAUCUAUAAUAAAACAUAUUGACAUCCUA